AUGUCCGAUGGCAAAGUAGAAAAUGCUACUGUAUCAGAAUUGAAGGAAUUACAUUUAGAAAAUGAGGCUAUCGAGCCGCAGGGCGAAACCAUAGUUGACGAAUCAGGCCCAACGGAAAAUAAGAAGAAGAAGAACAAGAAAAAGAAGAAGAAGAAGAGCAAUGUGAAGAAAAUUGAAUUGCUGUUCCCAGAUGGGAAGUAUCCAGAAGGUGAGUGGAUGGACUACCACCAGGAUUUCAAUCUAGAAAGAACCACUGACGAAGAAUCCCGUUAUUUGAAAAGAGACUUGGAAAGGGCCGAACAUUGGAAUGAUGUUAGAAAAGGUGCUGAAAUCCAUCGCCGUGUGAGAAGAGUCAUCAAGGACAAGAUAGUUCCAGGGAUGAAGUUAAUGGAUAUCGCCGAUAUGAUUGAAAAUUCCACCAGAAAGUUUACCGGUGCAGAAGACUUAUUAGCGAUGGAUAAUCCAAAAUCUCAAGGUAUCGGGUUCCCUACAGGCCUUUCCCUUAACCACUGUGCUGCACAUUUCACACCAAAUGCAGGCGACAAGACCGUCUUGAAAUACGAAGACGUGAUGAAAGUGGACUAUGGUGUACAGAUAAACGGUAACAUCAUUGACUCCGCUUUUACCGUUGCGUUUGACCCGCAAUACGACAACUUGCUGGCUGCCGUCAAGGAUGCCACUUACACGGGUAUCAAAGAAGCCGGUAUCGAUGUCAGACUGACUGACAUUGGUGAAGCCAUCCAAGAAGUCAUGGAAUCCUACGAAGUGGAGAUCAAUGGCGAAACUUUCCAAGUAAAACCCUGUCGUAACCUUUGCGGGCACAAUAUCGGACCGUACAGUAUCCAUGGUGGUAAGUCCGUCCCAAUUGUCAAGAAUGGGGACACCACAAAGAUGGAGGAAGGUGAACAUUUCGCCAUCGAAACUUUUGGCUCUACUGGUAGAGGUUAUGUCACUUCCGGCGGGGAAGUUUCCCACUAUGCCAGAUCUCGCGACGAGCAACAAGUAAUGCCCACAUUGGACAGUGCCAAAAACUUAUUGAAAGUCAUAGACCGUAACUUUGGAACUUUACCCUUCUGCCGUCGAUAUCUGGACAGACUGGGCCAAGAGAAAUACUUAUUUGCAUUGAAUAACUUGGUCAGACACGGUUUAGUGCAGGACUAUCCUCCAUUAAACGAUAUUCCAGGCUCCUACACCGCGCAAUUCGAACACACUAUUCUGUUGCAUGCGAACAAGAAGGAAGUCGUCUCUAAAGGUGAUGACUACUAA